AUGGAAAAACACAAUCAAACAGUGAUGAGUGAAUUUAUCCUUAUGGGAAUCACAGACCACCCUGAGCUGCAGGCUCCAUUAUUUGGGCUGUUCCUGCUCAUCUACAUGAUCUCAGUGGGGGGCAACUUGGGCAUGGUCAUCCUCACCAAGGUGGACGCCAGGCUCCAAACACCCAUGUACUUCUUUCUCAGACAUCUGUCUCUCACUGAUCUUGGUUAUUCAACCACCGUGGGACCCAAAAUGUUAGAAAGUUUUGUUGUUGCUCAAAAUACAAUCUCCUAUUAUUUUUGUGCCAUCCAGGGAGCUUUCUACAUUAUGUUUAUUGUUAGUGAGUUAUAUAUUUUGUCAGCAAUGUCCUAUGACCGCUAUGUGGCCAUUUGUCACCCUCUGCUCUACACCAUCAUGAUGUCCCAAAGGGUUUGUCACAUGCUGUUGGCAUUCCCCUAUUUCUAUAGCAUAGUUGUGUCUCUUUCCAUCACUGUAAAGAUAUUUAAUUCAUCAUUCUGUGGCUACAAUGUUGUCAGUCAUUUCUACUGUGACUGUCUUUCCUUGUUGUCUCUGCUCUGCUCUAAUACAUAUGACAUUGAAAUGAUUAUUCUGGUUUUCUCAGUUUUUAACUUGAUUUUGUCAUUUCCGAUGGUCCUUGUGUCCUACUUCCUCAUCCUUGUGACCAUUUUCAGGAUGAACUCUGCUGGGGGUAGGCACAAGGCUUUGUCCACUUGUGGAUCCCACCUGUCAGCAAUCACAGUGUUCUAUGGGACUUUACUGUUCAUGUAUUUGCAGCCCAAGUCCCAUCAUUCCUUUGACACUGAUAAAGUGGCUUCUAUAUUUUACACCCUCAUUACCCCCAUGUUAAAUCCUUUGAUCUACAGCUUGAGGAACAAAGAUAUAAAAUAUGCUCUUCAUAAGAUAUGGACAAAAAUUCACCAUAUCUUUUCUUAA